AUGAUGCUUUGCACACAGGUAAACACAAGGUUUAUCUCUAAAGCGUUGAUACUUCCAUUAUCAAUCCUAGUGUUGCUAUCAAGCACAACAUACUCAUUUCAAGAGAAAACUUGGUUAAAUAUUGAGUCUCCAAAAGGGCAUAAUGGAGUCAAGUCAGCUACUUUUGUGUCUAAAAAGUUUGAAAUGGGACCAGGAUCAAUUUUAGCGGAAGGUUUUUUUGAUAUUGAGUUUCCAAAAGGUCAUGUUGGAAUCAAGAGUGUCGAUGCUGAACUAAUUGAUGAAGAAGGGAAUUCUGUACCUUUGUAUGAUACUUACCUUCACCAUUUUUUUAUCAUAAGAUACUUUGAAAAUAUUACCUUGUCAAAGAAUCCUAAGGCUCGUCAGAGUAAACUUGAAGGUUUCAUUUUCAAGAGAAAUGAAGGCCCAUGCUACGAUUAUGUUCUUCCAUUUUAUUGGGGCAUGGGAGGUGAAUCAAGAAAAACAUCCUCAAACAUUCCAGAUCCUUUUGCGGUAGAAUAUACUGUUCCCGCGAAUGGAGGUAAUGACUCUCCUCAUGUCCAGAAAGCAAACAUCCCAAUGCAAAAGGGUGGUUAUCUCAUCUAUGCCAGUGGUCAUAUGCAUUCAGGUGCUAUUAAUGCAACUCUAUACGGACAG